CAUUACAAUGCUUCCUUUUAUAUCCCAUAAUCAUAAUAUUUCUCUGCUCAGCUUAAUCCAUUUUCAUCCUCAGAACAAGAAGAAGAGGAAGAGAUAAACCUAACUCUUCUUCUUCUUCUUCUUUAAUUCUUAUUAACAAUGGGUUCCUGCUUCCCUAAACAGCUCGAACGCCGGAAGGCGAUCUCAACAGAGCGGAAAGUGCUACAUGAUCUCCACCAAAGCGUUGGUGAGAACUUCCCAGCAUGUGCCUACAGGCCUCCAGACAGGAAAAAUUGGAUAGCGGGGAUCAACCCAGAAAAAGUCCACGUAAACAAAAUUGUAUGGCCAGGAACUCACGAUUCUGCAACCAACAAGAUUGGAAUUCCAUGCAUCACUAGGCCUUUUGGACAAUGCCAAACAAUGUCUAUAUACAAACAGCUUGUCACAGGCACUAGAGUCCUUGACAUUCGGGUUCAGAAAGAUUGCCAUGUGUGCCAUGGAAUUCUCGUCACAUACCACAUUGAGGUCGUGAUAAAGGACAUUAAAAAAUUUCUGUCAGAAACAGAGUCUGAGAUCAUACUUCUCGAAAUCAGGACGGAAUAUGGGCACCAAGACCCUCCUGAUUUCGAUAAGUAUUUGGUGGAUCAGCUCGGGGAGGUUCUCAUCAACCAGAAUGACAAUGUGUUCAACAAGACUAUUUUAGAGUUGUUACCGAAGCGAAUAAUAUGCGUGUGGAAGCCAAGGAAUUCACCUCCCCCUAAGGCAGGCGGGCCUCUGUGGAAUUCUAUGUACUUGAGGGAUGAUUGGAUUGAUACGGAUUUGCCAUCAACAAAAUUCGAGAACAAUUUGAAGUGUUUGAGUGAACAACCUCCAAUUUCAUCAAGGAAAUUUUUUUACAGGGUGGAGAACACAGUGACACCUCAGGCUGAUAACCUUGUGGUAUGUGUUAGGCCUGUGACCAGGCGGAUUCACGAGUUUGCGCGGUUGUUUAUAACGGAGUGCUUCUCUAGAGGUAUUGCAGAUAGGUUGCAAAUCUUCUCUACUGAUUUUAUAGAUGAGGAUUUUGUUGAUGCAUGUGUUGCUGUUACAUACUCAAGAAUUGAUCAUGGGAAAGCCUGAGUUUUCAUGUUAACUUGUGGCAUAUAUAUGGUAAAACAAAGUAUAUAGAGAUUGGGUAUAUCUGUGGUAUGUGGUAUG